GACGGCGCAGUAUGCAUCGUAAAAGCAUCGCACGCGUCCCCGCCAUGGUCGAAAUUGGAAUUGCAUUACAACCUUGCUCAGCAUUACAAAUGGCAUCUGUCAUGUUAGUUUAGCUUUAGGAAACACAAUUGUCCUGCACAGCCGCAAUUACGUACGAGUGCGAAGAUACUUGUGCAAUGCAUACGCAGGCUGGGUUUUUCGGCUCGCUGCUCUACCUCGCAGAGCAAGAGGACGCGAAGUGCCACGGUGGGAUCGCCAGUGCGUAUUUCACCCUUGCGGAGCAACUUAUCGAGACCGCGGUGGCGGAGUUUCAGAGGAACAACCAGCACAGCAUGGAGCUAUGCAUUUCAAAAGUAUCGUACUACGUAGAAAUAGCAUUACAAACUUUCUCAAGAACAAAAAUGCAAUUUGUCAUGCGAGGUCAGGUAUCAAGAUAUGAUAUAUCUGUCGUGCAUAAGUCCGAUCAGUACGAAUACGAUACUUUUGCAAUGCAUUCGAGCAGGCCAGGAACGAGACGAAAAACUUCAUUCUUUUCGGGGAGGCGCAGGUCCACAAUUGCAGGACCAACAUGACGGUCUACCACCAUCUCCGGUCUGACUGGGCGUACUGGCAAGUCCUGUCGCGGAUCGAGCGCCGGCGGGUGCUACCCAUGCUUUUCUUCAAUCUGAAGUCUGCCUCCUACAUUCCGCCACCAAACAAAGCCGUGCAGACGGGGAGGAAGUAUAAUCGGGCGAAAGAGGAGACGAGUGUCAGUGCUGUGCCAGCAGUAUCGUCCGCUGCGCCGCAGGUUGUAGAGGGACAUCAAACAGUUGACGAAAGAGCAGGAGGUGGAUCUGUUUUUACCAGCCGAUGUUUUCAGUUGGAUCACCACACAAGAACCGUCGGUGAUCUUGUCCACGUCGCCGUCUCUGCGGACAUCCAGCAGAUCGACGGCAUCAUCGUCGCUUUGAAUUCCAUGGUCCGCCACGCGGAAAAUCCGGCCAUAUCCUGUGUAAAAACAUCCUCACCCCAGAGUUGUCAUGCAGAUCUGCAAACGCAAGAGGAUUUGUGCGCAUCCCCAUGAGAGGCAUUUCCCAGUGUGUUUUGGAACGUGUAAUGCUCCAAACAGGAUAAGAGAGUGGAUUUAUUUUGCGGCUUCCCUUGCUAAACCGCACUACACUACAGCCUGCAAUUUGUCAUGUGUGACUCCCAAAACUUCAAGGUUUGUGUUGCGAAGUCCCCAUCUCGACUCUGGUGUGGGGACGUUUUUACUCAGGAUAGUCCAACACCUGCAUUCAUGUCUUCUUGCUGGAACACGAGCGGAAAUUUCUCGUGGACGGGCUGCAGUGUGCUUUUGGGGCGGAAAGGUUUCACGAAGUAGGGACGAAAUCUACUGCGGCGCGUGGUCCUCCAGAUGAAGUAGCGCAAGAAGUACUAGACCAACAUCCGAGUGCAAGUGGAAGUAGUGCGGGCAUGUUCUCCUCGCUGUUCUCAACGUCGCCACAAGCGGAAUCAAAUGAAGACCUCCCGGAAGGAGCAACAACAUCUAAAUCUGCGGAAUACGCGAAACUUGGAAAAUUCGUCCUCUACGACUCAGUCAAGGUAGGAAAUCCUCAAAGAGAGCAGUCUCCCGAAACGAUCACGACAAGCGCAGGCAUUGUCGCUCAAGUGGACGAAGAUGAUGACGGAGAGGAGGACGGUUCAGCACAAGAACCGAGUGCGGACAAUCCCGAGACUGUGACGAAUCAACUGCAGUACGCGGCACAGCACCAAAGGGACGACGAGAACAACAUGAGGCCCCCUAAUGACCCAACUGCAACAUCAAAAAUCUCCCCCACACGACUUCUACACCAGCACCCGGACGUGACUCGCAGCCCAGCGCCCAUUCUUCUUCAUCGACUCGACGAGCAAAUGGUCGGGAAAAAUUUGAUUCCGGACUCCGAGCUGGCGCAGAAGAAACGGUUCCAGGUCGGGGGCGACAUUGACGUGUCGAAAGGGUUUCAACGGGACACGGGGAAUCUUCAAGCGUUGCACAACUACGUGAGAUUCUAUUUGCAUAAGUUGCUACCAAAGCAGAUAGCAAAAGUCAUUUACCUCGACGUGGACGUGCUGGUCAAAAAGGAUUUGCGGUCGUUGUGGACCGACUUCUCCCCAGUGCUGGAAAAAUCGCAAGCGACGGUCUGUUAUGAAUCGCAAAAGCAUAAGCAUCGCACUAGUUUGAAUUGCAUUACAAAUUUUCUGAGCAUGAGAAACAAAGAAUUUGUAAUGUGGAUUUACCUGGCUUAAGAAAUCAACUACGAGUGCGAUACUUUUGCAGUUCAUAUCUGUGCCGCCAUCCGGCCGUCCUCGCCGCUGUUCAACUAUCUCCCCGGGAUCAUGUACCCCUUUAUGCCGGAAUGGAUUCCCAUGAACAAUCCGGCCUUCAACGCCGGCGUUUUGCUCAUCGACCUUGCCCGGUGGCGCAACCGCCCGGAGAUCCAGCAGAAGCUGGACCACUGGCUGCAGUCCCGCGACAACUCCGGGCCGGAGACGCUCUGGCGGCACGGAUCGCAGCCCCUGAUGCUGCUCCUUUUCCACGACGAGGCCUGCAAACUGCCCUACAAGUGGAACGUCGACGGGCUGGGGCACCGGUUGAACUACCCCAAACCGGUGCUGGAGGAGGGAGGCUUGUUCCACUGGACCGGCCCAUUGAAGCCGUGGAAGGAGGACGGCGUGAACAGGUUAUUGUGGGAACCCUACACGGUGAAUUACUGCCCGAAAUACAGUUUUCGGGUGCACACAACCACCUGUAGGCCAGACUCGUGGUAUUGCUGAUCGGGAAAGCAAAAGUAGCUGUGAAUUACUGUAUUGGAGCCAUUAUUGCACCUGCAGACUUCUGGUGACCACGGGCAUUGCUUCAUAGCUCUUGUGGCUACACUACGUGUCGUGCCAUUCAGCACACAUGUAACGCAAAGACGCAGCAUAAGUUGCAGCACCCUUCACGCACAGGAGAACGGUCCUAACUAUCUCGAUCUCGAUUAAGUAUGAUCCAUCACUCAAGAAACAGAGCGGCGCUCAGAACUGGUGAUCUUCUCGUUCGGCAAU